AUGACGACGACUACCGGCCCUUCGCCGUCCAUGUUCACGCCGCUCGAGUCGCUGCUGCUCUUCCAGUCCAUUCUCAAGCACGGCGUCGAGCCCGACGCCUUUGCACGCAUCGCCACCGUCCUCCAGUCGAAUCCCUUCAUCCGCAGCGACGACCGAUACAAUGCCGACCGCCUGACCGCCGAGUCGCUGCGGCAGCUGUUCCUGCAUCUGCUGCGGUCCGAGUUUGGAGAGGCCGCCGGCGAGAGCGGCGGUGGCAAUGCUGCCAAUGUCAAGAUUGAGCCGAAAGAAGCCAAGGAUGCCAAAGACACGACGCCGAGCGAUGGAAAGAAACGAAAGAUCGACACGCCGCCUCUGCCGGCUGCGCAUGCCGAGCAACUGCCCAUCCUCGUCGAACGCCUCUACGUGCGCUAUCGCGAACAUAUUGUCAACGCUAUCCGCGAGGAUGAGCGGCGCAUAGAAAAGGUCCAGGGGGAGAUUAAGCUUCUCGAACAGCAGGCGGCCGGUGGUGGAGGACGCGGCUCCCAUGCUCGGGCAGCGGAAGCUAAGGCGGCAGCCGCUGCCGCCGCCGCCGCCCAGAACGGACGACAGCAGCAGCAACAGCAACAGCAGACGCAAUACGUCUCUGCUUCUCCCACGCUCGGCAAGAAUGCUGGUCUAGCAGGGGCAGCUAAUGGUGGCAACGCACCCCCAUCUGUUUCCUCGUCGAGGUCUGAUUCCGUGUCCGCACAACCUUCUGCCUCGGCACGGCAUACGCCCGAGCGCCAUCUCACCUCUCUCGGCCAACGCGGCGCUGCACUAAAUGUGCCCCUGCUCCCUGCCACGUCGCGUCCUGCGAACCAACCUCCUACGACGGCAACAGGUGCGCUUGUUUCUGUAUCUACUCCUCCUUCGAUUACAUCCGUCCCGGCUGUGCAGCACGCACAGCAACUACAGCAUGCUCGCACCACGCCACAACUUACCCCUAUUGCUCCCGCUUCCGCCCCAGCCCAGCGCCCCUCGCGAACACUCUCUGUAGCUGCGACACAAUCGACUCAAUCGACUCAAUCUCCUCCCGACAGCAAGCCGUUGCCUGCAGCACCUGCUGGGCAACCUGCCGCGCCUCCUCAGCCUGCGUCCCGGUCCAUCUCCCCCGCUCAACUUCCUCACCCCCCGCCACUCGUACAGCAACAACUUCUGCAACAGCAGCAGACUGGAUUGCCACAAAAUGCCAAUGCCAUCCAGCUACCCCCAAAGGGCGUCACAGGCCCGGUUCCCUCCAGAGCGACGCCGCCCUCCCACACACCGGGCACACAAACACCCAUUCCCAACUCGCCCUCUACAACACAUUCCGCCGCUUCGCAAACCGCGCAACCACUGGCACCUGUGCAAGCGGACCAGCAGCUACCUCUGGCAGCUGGUCCGCAGGCAGGUACGCCACGGCCACUUGUUCCUGCGACACAAAAGCAGACACCAAUUGCUCCGACUCCCCAAUUCCAGCGUAUCCCAGGAGGUCCACCGAUGACCCCCGGCCCGCAGGGUGCUGCAGGUGGUCCUGGUUUGGUACCGCGGCCGCCGUUUCCUGAGCAUGUGCGCGGUGGUCCGCCGUCCCGGACACCGACGCCUGUCCAGUCACCACGACCUGCCUUCCCGCAUACGCCCAUCCAAGGCGUUGGUACUGGCGUGCUUGGGCCGCUGUUCCUUCCACGCGGCAGUGGCACGCGCUGGAAGCCGAGCGAUCCCACACCGUCGACCCCUGGCCCCGACGUUGGCGACAUGGCAAGCCCAGCAUACGAGCCCCUCAGUCCCGUGCAGCCCAGUGCAACAUCCCGCUCCUCGCGCUCAGGCGCGCGUGCUGAAUCGGCCGACUUGGAUAUGGUCGACGACGACGCUGAAGACGACGACGCCUCGCCCGUAUCGCCCUCGGCCGCUGGUUCGUCGGCAGCGGCUCUGCGCCAACCUCGAAACUUGCGGAAGCCGCAGUACCCGGCGUCGCGGUCGGGGCAGACGCCUGACCGCAGUAUGCGUGGACCUGGUCGGCCAUCGAGACAUUCUCGCUCGCAAGGUGAGCGCGGCACCGUGGACGACGAGAGCCAUCCGAUAAAGGCGGAGGCCUCGACACCGAGAGCGUCCUUUGACGAUGUUCACGAUCUGGACGACGAUGACGGCCACUCGCGUGCUGCUCUUAAGAGAAAGCGGGGCGGGGGCGGCGACGAUGAAUCUGUGGACAUAUCCUUCCUCAACACCGCCAGCAACAAGCCUGACCCGUCCGUGGUUGCGCGCCGGCGCCUCGUGGGCGCGCCGACGCCCCCCACACACGUUCUGUGGAUGCGCGGCUUCCCCAAGAUCAGUGCGUCGGCACUCGACCAGAUCAGCAGUCACCGCCAUGCCAACAUGUUUGCACACAAGAUCCGCGACCGCGAUGCUCCUGGGUAUGGCAGCAUCGUGCGCCACCCCGUCGACCUCAAGUCGAUCCGCAUGGCCAUCUCGCAAGGCAACAAGGCCGCCAACACAGCGAUCGCCGCGCUGCCCGAGUCGGAACGCGAGAGCAUCAACAGCAGCAACAGCAGCAGCGUUUGGCUGCCGAUUCAUGCCGACCUCGUUCCGCCGCGCGGCAUCAUCAACAGCAGCCAGCUUGAGAGCGAGCUUGUCCACAUGUUUGCCAAUGCGGUCAUGUACAACCCGGACUCGCACCGUGGACCCGGCCCGGCCUUUUUGGUCGGUGACACCGCAGACGACGACGACGACGACCUCGUAAACAGCACGGGCGGCACCGGCGGCGACAACGCGCGCUACAAGGUGGACGAGGACGGUGUUGUCAACGACACGCGCGACAUGUACGUCGAGGUGGAGAAGCUUCUUAGCGAGAUGCGCUCGGCCGAGCGGCAGCGCGGCAUGCCUGCCCCUCCACCGGGCGCCAAAGGCUUGGAUCUGCCCCUCGACGACAUCGACGUGGUCGGCGUUGUUGGCAGCGGCGGCGCCGAGGGUGCCGACGAGGACGAGGACCGUCCGAACAAGAACGACAGCGACAAGAACGACAAGAACGACAAGAACGACGAAGGCCCCGGUGCGGCCGAUGCUGACGAGGGAUCCGGCACCGCCAAGCGGCGGCGGAUCACGCGAGGUCUGUAA